CAUGCUCCACAAUAUCCAAAUGCGGGCAUUGGUAUGGACCUACCUUUGCUUGAUUGGCUUAACAAGUAUACUUAUCCUCUGGAAAAAAAAUUCUUAUCAAUUGAGUUUACCAAGAAAAUAUAUCCAAUUGUUGUUAAUCAAUUAUUACGUUGUGGUACAACCACUGCAAUCUACUAUGCAACUAUUCAUCUAGAGUCUAGCAAAUAUUUAGCCGAUUUAGUUCAUCAAAAAGGUCAAAGAGGGUUCAUCGGUAAAGUGAAUAUGGAUCGUAACAAUCCCCAUGGUUAUUUUGAAACAAUGGAAUCAAGUGUUAGAUACACAGUGCAAUUUGUGAAAUACAUACAGAGCCUCGAGUCUAGUCUUAUUACACCAAUAAUAACGCCACGGUCUGCACUUUGUUGUACAUCUGACCUUAUGAAAUCUCUUGGAGACAUCGCUAAGGAUUAUCAAAUUCCAAUCCAAUCUCACCUCUCAGAGAAUCUUGCAGAGAUUGACGAAGUAAAAAGAUCAUAUCCACAUCUUCCAGAUUACACUACAGUAUAUGAUCACUAUAACGUUUUACAAAAUAAUCGAACCAUAAUGGCACAUUGUAUUUAUUUAUCUUCUCAAGAGCGUAAGCUUAUCAAAGAACGUAACGUCGGAAUUUCUCAUUGUCCAAAUUCAAACUUUACUCUUUCUUCCGGUGUAUGUAAUGUUCGUCAGUUGCUUGAUGAAGGUAUUAAAGUUGGCUUGGGUACAGAUAUAAGUGGAGGCUUCUCCAAAUCAAUUUUAGAUUCUAUACGAAGUGCUAGUAUUGCUAGUCGCGUGAUUUAUUUUUCAUCGAUGAAGAGCGAUAAAGUUUAUAAUCCACUCACGAUUUCGGAACUGACGUACCUAGCAACAAUGGGUGCGGAGGGAUCACCUAUACAAAUAUUUGACGAUAUUGAUACUAAUUUCGAGAAGAUAUUUGAAAAAUUUUUGUUUCUUGGUGACGAUCGAAACAUUAAAGCUGUAUAUGUUAAAGGACGUAAAGUAUCUGGUACUGAUAUUACAAACCUUGAAGCAUGA